AUGGACAGCAGCGUGCUACAGAGGACACCGACUAAAAGAAGCGACAAAUUCAAGAAGAAGCCCAUCAAGGUAGUGUACAUAUCCAACCCCAUGAAGGUGAAGGUCCUCCCCUCGGAGUUCAUGGCCUUAGUGCAAGAGCUUACAGGUCAGGACGCCGAAUUGCCGGCGGAUCUUUCCAGAUUCCAGAACCCCGACAUCGACGGUGGGCAUCAGUCGUCGGAUUCUGAUCAUUCGUUGGUCACAAAAAGUACUGGCAGUCAUGAAAGUGAUCACACGCUAGUGAUGCCUCAAGUGGACCCUAUUUUUAAUAAUUUCGAAGGCCAACUUGGAAGCUCAAUGGGGGAGGGAUUCGAUCCAUUUGAUCAUCAUGUUUUCGCCCCUGAUCAGAUGAUGGACGACAUUUCAGCUUUCUUACCCCGUGGUGUGUUCUACGAAUCUGAUCUAGUUGACGAGGAGCCGAGCGGAAAUAUUGACGCAGUGUAA